AAAGAACGCUGCAAAUUAAAAAAACGCUGCAAAUAAAAAGAAACAGAAACGCCGUGCAAAUAAAAACGCCGCGAUGCAAAUAAAAAAGCCACAACGGAAGUGAAUUACCGGGGACUAUUAUUGCUGAUGCACAUGCGGUUUUUUAUGCGAGAGAAGAAGAAGUCUGGGGGAUCUCCAGGAAACAUCUCUUGGCAGAGGCUACAGGAAAAAGCACACUGGAGUUAUUUCGGACUUUCCGGAGUGUAAAAGAGAAUGAGAGACAAGCAGGUUUUAAGAAAAAAAAAAACACCAUCAAAAGACAACCUGAAGGUUGUGAAGAUUUCAGUAGGCCUUAUGAGGCUGAAAGAUGGUGUACUGAAGACUGUAAGAGGAACAGUACUUCCCCUUUUGAUGCGACCAGAGUCGGAUGCGGACGAAUUGCAGAGAGCUGCUGAGCAAAAAAUGAAGACCUUCGACAGAAAUUUACAUGGCGGUCCCUACGUACUGCUCUACCCUGACGGUACAAAGAUAACUACUAUACCAGGAACAGAAGUACCCUUCACUCUAAACGAGUACAAAGAAGUAGUGGGGAAGGCCUACCAACGUAUCACACUGUACAUUUGUACAGCUGAAGAUUUCUUUACAUCUUCUCAGGAAACCAGCUCUGAAUCCAACUCAUCGGAUUCAGAGGUGAUCAUCAUGAGUCCAACUUCUGCAGAAUUCAAUGCAGAUUAUACAUUAGUAUGGGAACUUGCAGAUGGAGAGUCAGGCACUGAUUCAGCAGCUCCGAUUCAGAAUUCACCCUCAGUGGAGAUCCUUCAGGACUUGAUGAUACGGAACAGUGCCAUGUUGCAGACUGCUGGGUGCUUCAGACAUGUCAGGUCAUGUGAAGAAAAAAAAAUGAUUGUAGAGGAUUACCUGAAGUGGUACAUAAUCCACAGGAACAACACUGCAAUCGAAAGAUUCAAGGCUGGACUUGAAAGUUUGCAGUUUCUGACAGCUCUGCAGCAGCAUCCGACGGUUCUGACCCCUGCUCUCUGUCAUGCCGAUGUGAAGCUGUCUGCUGCAGAGAUGGAAAAUCUGUUCCAGCCUGAAUUUAGUCAACAGGGAAGCAACAGAAGGGCUCAGGAAGAGAAAGCUAUGAGUUACUGGGCAGACUAUCUUCUCGAUUGUGAAGAAAAUGACAGCUCAGUGACCUUGGAGGAGGUGUUAAUGUUCGCUACAGGUGUGCCAUGUGUGCCUCCUGCUGGUAUGAGUCCUCUGCCACGCCUUCAAUUCCUAUGUUCUACAACGUCAACAUUCCCAAUGGCAAAUACCUGUGCCAACAUUUUAAAGCUUCCUCUUUUGGACACUUAUGGUGCCUUCAAAGCCAACAUGAACUUUGGCAUUAAUAAUUCCCCCGGCUUUGGGUGCCUUUAAACAAUUAAAUAACUUGUGGUAAAAGUUAAUGUUGCCACACACAGUCCGUUGUUUUAAUGUUGCGGUCUGUCCGACCAAAAUGUUGUGACGUAAGAGAGAUGAGUAUUUUUCAUGGCAGAUUUGUCCUAUUUCAUAUCUAACAUGUGAACAACACCACACAUUUGUAUUGUAUUGUUAUUGUAUU